AUGUCUCGAUACCCCAAUAUGAGUGGACAACUGGGGAAUCUUCCAAUCAGACGCAAGCGCAGUGCGCCAUGGGAAGAUGACGGAAGCUCCCCACACCCAAACAAAAUCUUGAAGGUUUUACAGCCACGAUCGUUUGAUUUCGGAGAAGGCAAAAUUCAAGGAUUUACGAACUUUGGGCUGCCAUAUAAUGAACAAAUUGAAUUCGCGAGCAAUAUCGACGCAUUUCCGGCUACAGAAUGCCUCAGUAAGCGAGUAAUUCUGUGGACAGAUGCUUCCGUUCGUGAGCAAUGUGGAGCCGCUGCCGCCGUGUGGAAAGAGACCAGGCCUCCCGGCAACAAGACUACUACCAAGUGGGCAGCCCUGGAAAGAUGUUACCCAACCAAAACAAAGAAUAACAACGCCGUGGAACUCUUUGGGAUAGCCGAAGCCAUGGAGAAGGCAAUUGAUCUCCUUGAAAGGUCCUCCGCAAAUGCCCUUUGCCAGCAGAACAGCGAUCCCACAAUUUUCGAAAAUCUGAUGCGGACAUACCCUCACCAAUUGACUCGGUCUCUUCUCCAUGACUUUUUCAGAGAAGUCUUCAUCUUUACGGAUAGCACGAAUGCGUUGAAUAUGAUAUCCAGGUUCAAUAUUCGACAUCCGAACAGGGGGCCGUUGGAAAGGGAACAGCUUAUCAGGAUUUUUCAUUUGUCUUGUCAGAUGCAAAAAAGUGGUAUUCACCUGGAGUUCCAUUGGGCAAAGGGACACUCCCACCUCCGAGGGAACCAGAUGGCCGAUCAGUUGGCGGGACAUUGGUCCAAGGAAAUGGCCAGGAUCAGGUAUCAUUCUCUAGGACCUGCAGCCAAGAAUACCUUCAAUCAGGUCGUCAGCAACCGGGGCGCGACUUAA